GGCUCAGCAAAGGCGCCAUUGUUGUAGAUUCUCUGCUGGCCCGGGAGCGGCGGCGGAACUCGGAGGCGGCCACAGCGCAGCAUUCCUGGGACAGUACAGCCCGCUCAGUGCUACCCACAGGAACGGGACGAGCCGGCGCUGCUCCGGCAGCGGCUCCUGCCAAGGGCCUAGCAGGAAGGAGACCGCGAGCAGCCGCUCCCGCAGCGCCCUCAGCCCAGGGGGAGCACGGGCCGGGCACGGCGCAACGAACCCGCCAGAGCCCCCUGCCGUUCCCUCCGCCCGAAACGAGCCCCGAGCCCCCGCAGAACCGAGCGCGGCUCCCACCUGCGCUGGGCCCGCCUCCGAGCUCCGCCGCCGCCUCACCGGACUCCGAGAGCUAGCGCCAAUACUGGGCCGCACAGAUGCUCCCACAAUGGUGCCUUUGGCGCCGGGGCCGGGCUUGUCCCCGCUCUGUCCAAUCAGCGCUCGAGGUCGACGACUGACGGCAGAGUCAGGCAAUCGCAGAGAGGGGCGGGCUGUGCACACGUUUUCCAGAAUGCCCUCCCUUUUCCCGGGCUCCGCCAUUUCUCGGAAACCUCGCCUGAGGAGCGGCUCCCGUGCUGGGCCCGGCCCGGGCAUCGGGCCAAGGCUUUUUCAUUCCCAAGGCAUAGGCAGAUGGAGGAGGAGGAAAAGCCCCAGAGAUCCCUUAGAAGGGGCUGCAAACCCAGCCCAGGGAGCUGCGAGGAGGAAAGACCCUCCCUGAGCCGGGAAGGCAGCCAGAAAUCCAGGCAGAGCUCAGAGCUGGUGGAGAAGCCUCAUGGAGGGGAGAAGCCCCACAAGUGCUUGGAGUGUGGAAGGGGUUUCAGCCGGAGCUCCAACCUGAUCCGGCACCAGAGGAUCCACACUCAUGAAAAGCCCCAUGAGUGUGGGGAAUGUUGGAAAAGCUUCAGCCGGAAAAGCCAACUAAAGCAACACCGCAGGAUCCACACUGGGGAAAAGCCCUACACGUGUGGGAAAUGUGGGAAGAGCUUCAUGAGUGUUUCUGUUCUGAUGCAGCACCAGGUGAUCCACACUGGAGAACGGCCCUACACCUGCUUGGAAUGUGGGAAGAGCUUUGGGUGGAUGUCCUACCUGAAAAACCACCAGCGCAUCCACACUGGGGAGAGGCCCUAUGAGUGUCCCAAGUGUGGGAAGAGGUUUCAGACCAGCUCUGAUUGCCUCAAACAUGAGCGGAUUCACACAGAUGAGAGGCCCUUCCGCUGCCCUGACUGCGGGAAGGGCUUCAAGCGCAACUCUCAGCUAAUCGUGCACCAGCGCAUCCACACCGGGGAGAGGCCAUACAAGUGUCCUGAGUGUGGGAAGAGCUUCUCAGACAGCUCUCACUUGACCCGACACCAGUGGAGGCGCCACUAAGCCCUGUGAGUGCCCCGAGUGUGGGAAGAGCUUCAUGCGCUGCUCCAGCUCCAUCCCCCAUGGGAGGAUUGGUGUUGGAUGAUCCCCAGUGACCCCCGUUGGGCAGAGCCCUGGUGAGCCGUGGUCCUGGUGAUCUCCAUUGGUUGGGGGGAGGGGUUGGAGAGAUUUCUUUCCCCUCUCCUUGUCCUCCUGUGAUUUGGUUGGUAGUAAAUUCCCUUCCUGUGCCCAGGCUGGGUCUGUGAUGCCCGUUUUGCUGUUUGGUGAGGAUCUCUCUCCAUCUUCACCUGACCCAGGAACUCUCGGUUUAAUUUUCUCUCCACUAUUGCAGUUGAGAGGGGCAGGGCCAGAGUUGCUUUGGUGGGUGCCUGGCAUCAGGCCAACCUCACCCAGGCCACGGGCACCUGUUGUAAGGCUGAAUGGGAUUUGAAUCCCGGUGGAUAUGUCUGUACAAAUCUGGGUGUUGUGUGUACACCAGCCAAAAACUGUAUUUAGUUGCUAUUUUUUGCUAUUCAGUUAUCUGUGCACAUUUUGCUUUUCAUUCUCAUGCCUCUUUCACACGCUAGCUGUUUUUGUGUAUUUCUUGGUUUAGACCAGUGUUUAUAACAGGUGCACAGCAUGAGAAAAUUACAGUUUUUUGAUAACUUGUUUGAAGCCCCCCAAGGGCACUGGAACAUCAACUAUGCUAAAUUUGGAGAGAAGAAGUUGACAACAUCGAAUACCAAGAUUAGAAGAUUCAAGAUAGCAGGGGGCAGUGAAGAUUUUGAAGACCACCAAUUACAAACUUUUGGGGGAUUACGAUCAAUAUCGUAAAAUUACCAAGUGUAAAGUGUGUUCCCACGUGGGUGAUGGUUCUAGAAAUGUAUAAUUGGAGUGAAUUGUAAACAAUAAAUUGGCUUCUGCAAAAUCA